GACAAACAUACCUUCUACAAAUGAAGCUAAGGCUUCUGCUACCGGACAACAACAAAACAUUGAAAGUUUAGAAAGUUUGACUCAAAGGAAACAUUUCUACGUUACGGAACUGAGUAAAAUGCAGGUAAUGAUACUUCCUUUGCUUAAAAUAUUUGAACUUUUGCAUUUUUAAUUUAAAUUAUUUGCAGACUUCUUGAAACUUUCUAUGAAUCCGAAUGUUGAAGAAUUUUAAAAUAAAUUAUAGUAUGGCAUCUUUGGCUUCUGAUGUCAAUUUCAAUACAAGAUGCCAAACAUGAACAUCUCUCUCUGAAGCCGUUUCCUUGUUCGAGUUAUGCUUACGAUGAGCACAUUAGCAAAACUAUUUGUAUUACUGAAAGUCACUAACCACCUUAUUAUUCAUUGAUCAUUAUUUUUUCUGCUGCAUGAUUAGUAAUUGUGGCCAAUUUUGAAAAUUAUUAUUCAUCUUUUCCAAUUCAUUGUUAGGCUACCAUGCGAGGUGUCAACCUAUCAAAUCUACCAGACAAGGGUCAGCGUAUUGUGACCAAAUUAGCUGAGACACAACAAAAAUUGAAAAUUAUUGAUGAACAAAUCAAAAUGGUUCCUAGAGGUAAUCGGUAAUGUUCCUUUCAAUUUUUUCUUGCUUUGAGAUGCUUGUCACUGGUAAACAUUUACAAAAAGUAUUUACUAAAAAAAAUAGUGCCUUAAAAUAUGAUACUUAACAAUAAUAUAGUGUCAUGGACUUCAUUAUUUUAUAAAUUUAUUUUUAUUAGAUUUCUACAUUAACAUUUUAAAAAGUUUUCAUUAAAUCUCUAGAUGUGCGUUUAAAAAAAAUGUUUACUAAAGCUCUAUAUUUACAUUUUUUAAAUGUUCACUAAAUCUCUCAUUUACAUUUAAAUUUUUUUUUCCUAAAUCUGUAUAUAACAUAUGAGUUUUUUCUUCAUGAACAAAAUGUAAUAUUGUGAUAUAUAUUAUUAUUAUUGUGGACAGUUAUUUCUCUACAUACUGUUUGGAGGCUCCCUCCAUCACACACACGUUUCUCAUCUCCAUAAUGAAAAAUGUCAAGUCUGUUGUUACGCACAAUACGUUUUAUUGUCAUACUCACAGUAUGAUAAAGAUAUCAAGCACCAUAAUAUUUAAUGCUGGCUCCUUCAAUAUAUAGGAACAAUUUCAAUAAGUUCAAUAGCCAACAUCUUCACACAGUAAUAAUUAUGGAAUCAUCUGCUUUUUUUCUCUGCUUACAAUUGUUGUAGCACCAUGUAUCUUGUGUACUCUUUCUCUAAGUCUCGUAUUGAUCGAGAUUCUCUAAAUAUUCUCUAAUUACCGAGAUGUUACACUCUUACAUUUACCUACUUUUUCAAUGUUCACCCAAUCUCUACAUUUACAUACUGCCUACCCUUUCCAGUAUAUAAAGUUAGCUCCUAUUAAACCUGCUUUCAACUGGAACACAAUUUGUACAUUUGAAUCAAUACCAAAAAAUACUUGAAAACAAUACCUGACUGAGAACAUUCUCCUAGCCCUACUUAGAUAUUUUAAGGAGUUGAGUGGUUCAUUUUAAAUUUUUCACCUAUAUGUUAAAGUUCUUAUUUCAGAAAAGGAUGGAAGUACAAAAAAUCCCAAUGGAAAUACCUCCAACAAAUCUGGUCCUCAAAUUAUUAAAGUCUACCCCAGUGCCAAUGGCACAACACAUGUAGUCCAGGUAGACUGAUUUUUUUUUUGUCUCAUAUUUAAUGCUCAGACCUAUAGGCUUAGUAAAAAAAGUUUUCAAAACAUAAGUUUUUGCUUUCCCUCUGCUUUUCCUCAUUUUUAUCAACUUUUUUCAUGUUAGGUCUUCAGCCAAGGCUAUCAUGCUCUUCUGUACUGUCAAGUUGGGAAAGGAUCAGCCUCCUGCUAAGCCGAGAUAAUUUAUAAGGGGAUUUAUGUUUUUAGAAUGAUCUAUGUCUUCCUCUAUGGCUACUUUAAGUUUUUUGAAAACAGCUUAUUGGUAAUUUAGGGUUGUCUUAUAAAGAUGGUUUAUAAUUCCGCUAGCUGGCAUCAGGGAUGCCCCCAUUCGGGGCGGUAUUCCUGGUAAAAAUUUAUUAUAUAUUUUUACGGAUUACAAUCUUUUUUCCAACAAAAAAUUGGAUCAGGUAUGCACAAUCCACAAACUGAUAUCAUUUGAGAUGCACUGAACUAUGGGGACAUUUUUUUCGAAAUUACAUAUCAUUGCGUCAUUACAUCAUGUUUUAUUUUUAUCAUGCUUAGAAAAAUAAUACUAUUUAAAUGGUAAAUGAAUAAAUAAAUACUUCAAUUUUUAAAAAGUUUAAGUAUCUCUUUUUGACAUUUAGAUUAAGUUGUGGCAUAGAGUGAGCUAAAGUUGGACAGUGCUUAAGUAUUGGAUUGUGUUAGAAACAUUUCUUGCUUUUACUGCUUCAGAACCCAAGUUCAUCCAACAGCCAACCAACACAGGCAACUGGACAGCAGUAUGAUCCAUCUCAGCUUGCACAUCUGCCACAGUACCUACAACAACUUUUUGCAUGUAAGUUUUUGUUAUUCUUCAUCCAUACAAUAUACAAUACUUGAUUUUAGUGUUUCCUAUAAAAAUUUGUGUUCAAUUUGAUUUAAAAUCCCCCCCCCCUCACCCCCAAACCCGUUUUUAAAAAAUAUGUUUUUUAAAAAAAACAAAUAUAACAGCCAACCCACAAGCAAUGACGCUGUAUGGUGGAAGAAUGACAGCCCAGAGGCUGAGAGAAGUUGGGUCAAUAACAACAGAAGCCAUUGACAAAUUGCACAAGUGAGUAGUUCAUUGUUGAUGGAAGGGGUCACAACUUGGAAGGGGCCUGUCCCAUUCUAUUCCAUAAAUCACUUUCUUUACUGAGCUUUGUGUGGGAACAGAAAACUGGACUUUGAAAUAUAUUUAUUUUGUUGAGUGGGUGCCCGAAAAACUAAUGUGAAUUUUUCUUUAACUGAAACUGUAUCAUCCUUUUAAUAAAAAAUUUAAAAAAAAUAAAAACUGAAAGUGACUAAUUAUUAUUUAUGUUAAUUUAACUAACAAAGGAUAACAAACUAACAAACUAACAAAACAGUUAAAUUUUGAAGCUCAAAAGAUAUGAAAAGAAUAUAAUAAAACAUAAUCUGAAUAAAGUAUUUUUAUGUAUGCAAUAGCCAACUUUUACGUUGCUUUAGUUAGUAGCUGAGUUAUCAUCAAACAUUUUGCCAAACCGAUCAAAAGUUAUCAACAUUUUUCAGCCUUUUAGAAUAUUUUUUUUUGUGUGUAAAUCUUUAUAUUUUAUAAUUAUCAUUUAUUAUUAUAAACUUGUAUUUUUUCUGUUCUUUAAAGAAUCUACAAUGCAAGACUUCAAUUUCUGCAGAAAUCACUCAUAUAUAUAGUCAAAGAUUACAAUUGUUAAAAUUAUUUCGGUUAGUUGAGAUCUUUUCUUGAUGUUUAUUCUAGACAGUUGGAUACUUGUCCUGCAGACAGCACAGAACUUCCUGACCCAAAGGGAUUAAAAGUCAGUCUGAUGCCUCAUCAAAGACAGGCUCUUGCCUGGUUGGCCUGGCGAGAACAACAGCACCCUCCUGGGGGCAUUUUAGGUUUUUUUUUUAUAUAAGACUCUUUUGAAUUUUUAAAAAUAGUUUUCACUGACUGGCACCAUCUGCAAGCCUUAGGCUGCCAAUCCGUACAACAUUAUUAUUUAUUGUCAUACAAAAAGAAAAGAAAAUUAAUAAAUCUAGCACCAGUCCCUGGUGCAAUUUCAAAACUUGUCCACCAAAUUUAAAAUUUUGGAAAAUGUUUAAAAUUUUGCCUGUUGGCAAGAUUUGAUCUGAAAUAGCAUGUCUUAUUAACGGAAAUAUAAUUUUUACUAAUGAAAAAGGAUACCUGAUUUGGAAAUGUAGCAGGUAGCAAGCAUCCUUACAGAUUCAUGCAAAAUUAUUGUUUAGAGAAUUAAAAAAACAUACUCUUUUAAUUACCCAAAAUAUACUAAUAAAACUGAUAUAGAUUUUUAUAAAUCAUUGAUCCAGCUGAUGACAUGGGGUUGGGAAAGACCCUGACCACAAUAUCCCACAUCCUCAGACAGAAGGUGGCAACAGAGAGCCUGGGAGAAGAAGAAUGGCUUAGCAGAAACAAACAAGUUGAAAAAUGUAUGUCUUUUUUACAUUUAGAAAAAACCAUGACCUAAAUAUGAGAUUUAAAGUUAUUAUGAUUUAUUUUUCAAGUCUUUACUGAUUUCAUUGAGUGAUAAUAAGUAUUUUAAACUUGUACUUUUAUGUGAUACAAAUCACAUUUGUUAUAUCCUGAUCUCAGUGGACAAAGCUGUAAAGAAAUCAAGAGCAACUUUAAUUAUUGCGCCUGCUUCACUUAUACAUCAGUGGGCCAAGGAAAUAGAAAGACGAGUUAAACCAGAACUUCUCAAGUUUAUUGUUUAUCAUGGUCCUACAAGAGAGAAAAAUAUUCAUAAGUAUGAUAUUUAUUGAAUAAUAUAUUUAAAUACCUCUAUAAUGAUCAUUAUUUUUUCAUGUGUAGAACUUACUGUAAAACAGACCUGGUUACUCUGACGAUUUUGGUGUACAAUUUACGAUUUUGAGGUAUCCUUUGUGAGUGUUCACUGAGACCUGUCAGAACUAUGGUAUUAAGAGACCAGUUGAAAAAAAUAUAUUCUAGUUGUUUUUACCACUAAAAAAAUAAUAAAAUACCAUUUCUGUGAUUAGUUUUACUUCUCUAUACAUCCGCCUUUGAAUGAAACGAGAAACAUGAUUGGUUGUGGACCAUCCAUAAUUUUAUUACUCAUGCACUGAGAUGGGAAGAAGAAGUGGUGUUGACUUAGGAGCAUGCAGGUUUCGUGGGGAGGUGUCUAAAUAUUUUUAAAGGACAUAUUGUUGCUUUGCAUUUGCACAAAUUUAGUCGAGAUUUUUUAUUGGUUGCUUCAGUGUUGUAUGAUGUAAUUUUGUGACUUAGUUAUUUCUUUGUUUGUAUAAACAAAUGCAGACCUGUUUACUCUUAUGAUUUUAGCAUACAAUGUACGAUUUUGAGGUGGAUAAAUUAUAUAUACUGUAUGUUUAGUUUUUACCAUUAAGAAAAUGUAUUGAACGAUUUUGUGGUGAUAUGGUACGAUUUUAAGAGUUUGAGGGUAAACAGGUCUGCAAAUAAACUUAUUUCUUCAUUAAAAUAGCAAUAAUUUUCAUUCUUGGCAUUAAUGCACAUUGGAAAUAUAUAUAUCAGUACACGACUUUUUGAGAUGUUACGCACCAUUUUAGUGCACCUGCCCCAUUUUUAAAAUGAUUUUUAAUUUUAAAAGAGAUCAUAAGUAAGCUCAAAUGUUAAAUAAAAACUUUAAAAAAAUUAUACUACUAAUAUUAAAGUAUUGAAAUAAACACAGCAAGGUAAAGUGAACCUAAUUUUCCACAAGCAUUUCUUCAACUGUUCUCUGAUUAAGUGUAGAAUGAUGCAAAACUAUUUUUUUAUAUUUGAAUAUGAAAAAAAUAUUUAUACCAUUGAUAUUAUAUUUGUCAUAAAAUUAAACCUUUGUCAUCCAUAAAUGGAAUAAUUUUUGUCUAUAUUAUAGGCUCAUUGACAAUGAUAUUGUCUUAACAACUUACACUAUAAUCAGCAAGGAGGUGGGGAUUGACCAAGAUGAAAAUGCUGACAGUCCUGUAACAGAUCCAGACAAGGAGCAGACUGCAGAAGAGCCUAAAACUGAUGUGAGUGGUCAUCACACUUUGAAAUGCCGGGUUUGUGUGCAGAGUACUAAUGGUGAGGAUGCAUCUUGGUGAUUAUGAAUGACGUUGGAUCUGGCAAUAACAUUUUCAGCAUAUCUGAAGUAAGCUGCCUGAUGUUAAUUAAGUCUCCUUUAAAAUUAUGUAAAACCUAAAUUGUUAACAUGAUUUAUUUCAGCGAGCAGCCACGCCACUUCCCACACUGUUGAGAAUAGGCUGGGAAAGGAUUGUGCUGGAUGAGGCUCACAACAUCAAGAACCACAAGUCGUUGACGGCAAGGUCUGUGUGUCGGUUAAGGAGCAUAAGCAGGUGGGCCCUGACUGGAACUCCUAUACAGAAUGACCUGAUGGACAUGUAUGCUCUUCUCAGGUGAGUGGUUGUCAACUUAUUCUAAAUGGUAAAGGGCUAUAAGUUUGUUUUUUUGUUUUUUUUGCAAUGUUAUGUAUAUCAAUUGCUUGGUUUAUUCUAUCAAAAUAAUACAGCACAACUGUGAGGUUUUUAAAUUUAAUCUUUUUUUUUUUUUUUUUUUAAUUUUUAGACAUUCCACUAUUUUUUUAUUAUAACACGCAAACACUAAAAUGGUAAAUAUUGCUGGAUAAUUUACCAUUGCAGUGUUUGUGAGUUAUAGUAAGAAAAUAGUGGAAUAUUCAAUUUUUCAAUUACCAAAGCAAUUUAACAAAUUUUUUAGAUAAAGCAUUGAGGCAUUUGUACUGUCAAGCCUCCGAAAGGCAUCACAAGCCAUUUUGAUCAUGAUUCCACUCUUCUCGGACUGCAUUUAAUUACACAAAUAAAUAAACAAAAAAACGAUGUACUGAAUUUAAAAAAAAUAAAACUUUAAUGAAAAUUCAAUGUUAAAUGAGCUUUUCACUGAUUCUAUUCUAGGUUCCUGCGGUUUAGUCCAUUUGAUGAGUACAAAGUAUGGAAGAGACAUGUUGACUCUGGGAAAGGUAUUUAUCCAUUUGAUUAAUGAUAAGAAAAUUUUUUAAAAAAUGUAAUUUGUUAAUCAAGAUGAAUAUUUUAUUUUAAAAUUGCGUCUUUCAGGUGAUACAAAAAGACUAAACACUAUUGUUAAAUCCCUUCUUCUGAGACGCACCAAAGACCAAACGAGCCUAGAGGGCAAACCUCUUGUGUCCCUUCCAAGUCGCAGUAGCGAGACUAUUCUGGUUGUUCUGACUACAGAGGAGAGAACAGUGUAUGAGAAAUUGUUCCGCAAAACUCAGUAAGUGAUAUCUAUUAACUGUCUAAUCUUAAUUUUUUUUAAUCAUUUCUUAUAUUUUUGUUCAUGAAUUUCGCAACACUUUUUGCUUGAAGGUCAACUGUUAGGGCCUAUGUGGUGCGUCACCAGGAUAAAGAGUCUCUGCAGGGGGAGAAAUGGAAACCAGAUUCUGGUGCUUCCCAAACUGUUGGGUCAUUCUCAAAAGCUGGUGGAGCCUCAAACACUACAGAGGCCAAUGACAGGGUCCCUCAGACACAAGGUGGCAAAGCCACAGGCAGUCAAAUCUUGGUGCUCCUACUUCGUCUUCGACAGUGUUGUUCUCACUUAAGUCUCAUGAAAUCAGUAGGUCAAAAUAUGUGGUGUUAUUUGUGUCUAAGGAGGUUCAUUACAAUACAUUGUCAUUCACUAGCCUGUUGGUUCUUAAGCUGCCCCUCUUUGUUUUGGCAGGGAAAGGCCUGAAAGGUGUGUAACUCGCUUAUGAGUUGAACCCCACAAGAUAAUAUGCCAGUAGGAACAAGACAGUACAAAUAAAAAUAAAAUAAUUUAAAAAGUCCAAAUUUAAACAAAUAAUUAUUGUGUAAGUAAAUAGACUUUAAAACUAAUAAUAUAUAAAACAUACAAUCUAAUGUAUAACACUUAACAUUUACAAAAAUAGGACCUCUGCGAUCCACAAUAACUAUUUCAUUAAUAUGGGUACUUUGAUACUCUCUAUGCACAGACUAUUUCUGCAGAGGCAAAUAAGGAAAAAAUAAAGAAGAAAGUGACACCUAGGGCGGACCACCCCCUUCCCAAAAAACACCUGAAAGAUAACCACCAUAACCCAUUACUUAAGGAAUGUGGAUGCUCCGAAAAAUUCAGCUGUAUUUAUUAUCUUCUUAAAGCUAGUGGUGUUCCUAUUUUUAAAAAUUGUUUUCCUUUAAAGAAUAAAUAUUUAAUUUGUUUAUUUUUUACUUCAGCAUUUGGAGGCAGAAGCUUUAGAGUCUGAUGGAAUACAACUUUCACUGGAGGAACAGAUGAGAGGCAUGGCCAUUGAGGAUAUUACUGGGGACUCCAGCUCAGACUCUGCUCAAAAUUUGGUGGCUCUUUUUGACAAAUCUGCCCAAAGUUCAAAAGUUAGUUUUAGAAAUUGAUUCCAGUAUUUUCAUUACAAUAUUCACUGAGGUAUUUUCCCAAAAAUGUUAACAUUUAUUAAGAAGGUUUAGUGUGUAAUCUGUAAAGUUAAAAUAUAUAUGUGUAAGUACAUUUUUUUCUAAUACUAUAAAUGCUUAAUACAUAGAAGAAGAAUAAGAUGUAGGUAAAAAUUGAAAUCCACACUUGGAGCUGAAGUUCAUUUUUAUAUUUUUUCACUCACUCACUUAACUGACUAUACAAAUAUAAAUAUUUGUGUAUUUAAAAAAAAAAAUUAAACAUUUGUUAAUAUUACCCAAUUUAGGUGUUUUAACCUCGAUCUGGUUUUACCAUCUAAUUUCACAAAAGUCUAAAUGAAAUUAAUAUACCCAAGGUAUAAUGUUUUAGUGUAAAUCCAAUUUUCCUUUUUUUCAGUUGAAAAAUGUUAUAGAAAAGAUAAAGUCAAUACAGUUGGAUACAACUUCUCAGGGUAGACAAAAAAGGUUAGUGUCUCUCAUUCAAAUGAUUUUUUUUUUUUUAAAAGAGUCUCAAUUAAAACUUACUUGAAAUGUCACCUGUUCCUAAUUAUUAAAUGUCCAAAUUGAAACUGUUUUUUUUUUUUAAACAUGUCACUUUUUUAAAAGAAUGAUAAGUUUAGCAAAGUUUUGACUUUUCAAUUCCAGUGUCAUAGUGUCCCAAUGGACUCAGAUGCUUGAAAUAGUUGGCCACCAUCUGGAAAAAGCUGGAAUAAAAUAUAGUAUCAUUCAGGGCAAUAUUCCAGCCAAAAAGAGAAUGGAUAUUGUUGAUGAUUUCAACACAAACUCUACUGGAGCACAGGUAUGUACAAAUCUAACAAUACUGAUGUCAUUUGUAAGUGUAAGGGUCAUUAAUGGUUUCACUCACAUGAAAUUUUUUUUUUAAAGGGGUCAUCCAUAAAAGACGUCCACACAAAAGGGGGGAGGGGGGGGUUCAGCAAAAAGUGGACAAAGGGGGGGGAGGGGUUUUAGGACAAAGUGGAUGUCCACAUUGUAGUGUUUUUUUUAGUGCAGCAGUUUUGCAUAAAUUUACUGCUCGAUCACAGUUACAGUAGCAUGCCUUUUGAUCUCUAUUGUCCAUCGGUGGCUGGAAGAAUUUCCAAGAGAAUAUGUUUCUACGGUAAAUAUUUCCCAUCGCAGGCGGCAAUGAAAAAACAUAAGGUCGUCCAUUGCAAUAUUCCUGCUAGUGAACAUAAUAUGGCAGACAAAUCAGACGAAAAGACUGCCACUCAAAUUGAAUUAGCAAUUGAAGACUCAAGAACAGAUGUUGUCAUUAUACGAAACAUGUUUGAACGGCUGCAGUCUGAAUUUUCCGUUGAUUGAAGAAUGGUGGAUUAUUUGUUUAUUACAUUUUUUAAUACAGUGAUUCAAUAAAAUGUUUUUGAACAGUUAUUAUUUCAUUUAGAAUUUUGCCUGCAAAUAAUUGGAAUUUCUAAAAAAAAUCUUUGCAAAUACAUACUCUUUACAUUGUUGUACAUUUUCCCAAAAUAUUUAUUAAGUUCGGUAAAUUUUAUGUUUUGGACGUCCACAACUUGGGGGGAGGGGGUUCAAGUCAAAAGUGGACAAAGGGGGAGGGGGGGGGGCUAAAAAAUAGAAACAAAUUGGUGGACGUCUUUUAUGGAUGGCCCCAAAUAACUUUGCACUUUGCGAAAUGCUUCGUAACUUAAUUUGAAUAAAAUGCUAAAUAUCUCCUUUGACUUGAUACAAAAGUUACCUUUUUUUUUAAAUCUCUGUGUAGGUUAUGCUGCUGUCUCUGAAAGCAGGUGGUGUGGGCUUGAAUUUGAUUGGAGGGAAUCAUCUGUUUUUGUUGGAUAACCACUGGUAGGCGCAAAAAAUCCUAGACUCAUUUAUAAUAAAUAUUGCCCCUUCUAAUCUGUUUAAAUAAAUUAUCUGUAGAAAGGUUGGGAUGAUUUGACUAUGUUUUGCCGGUAUGUCAUCAAAGGCCACUAGACUCUUAAAGUGCUUUAAUGAGUUUUUGCUUUUAAAAUAAUUCAAAUGUUACUAAUAUAAAAUCAACAGUCCUGUUCAUAUUUUUAUUUUUAAAAUUAAAUCUUUCAGGAACCCAGCUUUGGAAGAACAAGCUUGUGAUCGCAUUUACAGAAUGGGGCAGAAGAAGGAUGUGUUUAUAUACAAGUAAUUAAAAUUUCUUGUUCUUUCUGCUUUCAAACAGUCUUAAAGAAUCCUCAACUUGAGGUUGUAAAAUAUAUUCUAAAAAAAAAAAAUUUGGACUUGAGAUAACCAUUUUUUUCACUUCUUUCUGUUCUUUCUUUUUUUAAAUAUUAUUUAAAGUUUCAAUAAGCAUUGCUAAUGACACAAAGCAGUCUGCUUAUUUUUUUUCUCCAGUUUGAUAUUUUAAAUAUCUUUUAUUUGAUUAAAAAUACAAUUUUCCAAAUGCUAACAUAUCAUAAUGAGUUCUCAAAGUUGCAAUCAAUUUUUUUUUUUUUAAAGGUUUCUAUGUAAAGAUACAAUUGAGGAGAAAAUAGUGGCUUUGCAAGAAAGAAAACUUUCAUUAGCAAAAUCUGUUCUUUCUGGGUAGGUCUUAGAUUUUAACUAACAGUAACAGUUUAUAAUUUUUUUUAUAUUUCAUUUCAAAGAUUUGCUUUCAAUAAAAGUUAAUAUUCUAAUAACAUAUUUAGCAUUUGUUAAGAUACAGUUAACUAUUUUGUAUUAAAUUAUUAAAAUGUAAAUAAGAUACAAUUUUCAUUUUAAUAUUGAAUUCGGAUUUCUUUUACUUUUUUUAACUAAAAAUAUUUUUUUUCUUUAAAAAAAAACCCGAUAAUUUCAUUUCCCUUACACAAUUAUGUUAUCUUCUAUCUGCAGUGCUGCAACCAGUAGUCAGAAACUGACUUUGUCUGACCUACGAUCUCUUUUUGGAGUAUAAUCUCUAAUUUUUUGUGUAACUGUGUUGUUAAUAUUUAAAACUAUUUGUUAACUGUUUCAAGUUGUUGCUCUAGGACCAGUUUCUAGGUUUUGUUUUGUUUAUUUCAUUUGCUUUUACGGUGCUGUUAAUUAUUUGACAAGACUGUGAUUUCAAGCUGCUAUAAAUUUUUCAUUAGCAUUUAUGGCC